UCCACAUUGAUAAUCAGUGAAACGCAAGUGUGAAGAAAGUACGUGCAAUCUAAUAUAUAGCUUAAUCGUUCAAUAAAAAGAAGUUGAAUAUUCUGAUUAAAUCGUUGGAGCUACACAGCAGCAGCAGUGGCGGCAGUACAGAAAAAAAAAGAAGAAGAAAGACACAGCGGAGAGAGUGAGAGAAUAGGUGAAGUAAGAGAGUGAAGUAAGUGGAAGUGAAAAGAAAACGUCAACUAAUUAAGGACAAGUUACAGAGUGUAAGAGACACAGAGAAAGAGAAGCACUAAUAAUGGCGGAUUUGGAUGAUUUUUUUGCGAAAAAAGAUCGCAAAAAGACAAAAACCAAGAAAUUUGCAACACCAGAUGAAUUUGUGAAAAAAUUGGAAGACACCACAAAGCGAAACGAAGUGAAACCGCCACGCAAAGAACAACAGUCAACACAGCAGUCAGAUGGUGUGGAGAAUGAGAGCGGCGAACCACAAUUGAAUGCAGCCGAAGAAGACGAAUGGCGAGAAUUUCAAGAAGAAGAACGUAACGUAGAUUUUACGGGCCUUAAAAUCCAGAACGUACAAUUGAACGACGAUGAAUUUUAUUCGGGUUCGGAUGCCGAUGGUGGUGAUGGUGAUGGUGAAGAUGGUGACGGUGAAAAGGGUGCAUGGAAAAAAAUGGCCGGUGGCGGUGCAAGUAGUGCGACCGAGGCCAAAGUAAAUAGUCAAGCUGAAAGCGAUAGCUCGAAAAAGAAGCCGGCUUUAUCGGCAACAUCAACGGGUGUGUAUGUCAGUCCGGCACUUAGACAACAACAACCGCUUAUGUCGAUGCGUCUGAAGAAAGAUGCUUUGCCAGACAUUAACAACGAAGAAUACUUCCCAACGCUGGGCGAUGCCAAAAAAGAAGAACUACGAAAAAAGAAAAACGAACCGGCAUUCGAAGAAGUUAAACAAGGUGCACGUAUCCAACGAUCAUCUGACCUUCCAACAAACGCACCAGUCUCUAUAGGAAAUCGUUAUAAUUCAUUAGCCGAUAGCUAGAAAUAUAUAAUUUCAAAUCA